AUGCCCCCGGCCGCGCCUGACGAUUUGAUCCGCCAGCAUAGCCGGUCCCUUGGAGACGACCCUUCCUUGGUUCCGGAUCAUACCCGACCGAUUCAAGAGCAUGAACCCAGCACGAAGAGCAAAAAGAAGAAAGGUGGCAAAAAGAGCAAGGCGGCUAAGGCAGUGACCGAAACGCCUUCUGAGGAUUUGUAUGCACCUACGAUUCAACCCUCUGCUCCACCGGAUGAACCCUCCUCCUGCCCCGACCCAUCUUUGGAUCACCAUGCAAACACAAUCACCUCACCAGUUCUCGAUGCUCUCGGGUCCCUCGGGGAGACGACCGAUAAUGAUCUCACUCGUCGGACCGACACCUGGGCCCAAUCAGUCCCUUUUGGGAAGAGCCCCCCAACUGAUCUGAUGGACGGUGAACCGCCUAACUCUUCGCCUCUCAAUUUCCCAACCAUCCACGAGCGAGGCGGCUUCAGUCAUCCCUCCUCGGCAUCCCCUCCAGCCCAAGCACAGCCAUUCAGCUAUGGGAAUGGUUACCGCACCAGCAUGCAAUCCCGACAACCGUCAGUAGAUAGGUGGAAAAGCCCUUCUUACGGGAGCCCUAUGAGCAACCAAGCGCCUCCCCCUCAUCUUCCGCAGGCCCAUUUCUAUGGAGCACCUGACAUCGAUAUCCUUCCGAUUCCAGACCGGCCAGAAGGAGGAUACUCUUUCUGUGGUUUCGAUACGCUUCCGAAUGCGUUUCCAAAGAAUUCACGAACAGGAAUGAAUGUCUUGCUUGUGGGGAUGGACGGUGCGAUAGAGAUUCUCGCCGUCGAGGAGAGACGAUCUCGUCUCGUGGGGCAAAUCACGGGUCUAAACGGUCGAGUGAUUAACGCGAAAAUAUUGCCGGGAUUUCCAUCGAAUGACGCGCUUUUUGCCUCACGCCCACAUGUGGCUGUCAUCGUCCAUGGUCCUUUGCCCUUGAGCGAAGAGGAAGGUCGUGUUUCCUCUGCGGGCUCGGACAUAAACGAUGGCCCACCAUCUGUGGCGCGAGGCCAUUCGAGUGAUAGACGCACAGCCAGAGAUGACAUUCAGUUUUAUCAAACUAGGGUGGAAGUAUAUUCCUUACGGACGGGCGAACAUAUCGCGACGCUCUUUUCCAGCCAGCCCGUGCCGUCUCUGGAGAAUAUCCCAGGCCUCCCUUCCUUUGCCCCUUCACCUGUUGGCAGCCUGAGACUGUUCACAAGCGGGAACCAUAUCAUACUGGCGUCGGGGAUUAGUGGAGAGGUGUAUGUUUACAAGCAUACUUCGUCCGCACUGGGUGCGUAUCAGUGCCUGGGCAAAACGUGGACAGGUAUUCAGUCUCGAGAGGCACGUCGCUACUCCACCUCUUCGAGUUCCACGGAUCCGGAAGGGUCUCGCAAUGACUCGCCUCAUAGCUCAUCAGCCACAGAGAGGCCGAUAUUGGCGGUGCAGGGCAGAUGGCUGGCCAUCAUACCUCCAUCCUCGACUUACAGGGCAUCGCUUCAGGGGACUGUGCCUGCGAAUUUGAUUCACGGAAAAAUUCCAGGAAUUGAGACCCGCAGUCCCCCGAAUAUGCCAUCAGUGAACUGCGCGACAGAUGUGGGCGAGGGAGAGAGCUUCCUCGACAAGGUCGCUAGGGGAGUCACCCAAGAACUUGUCAAGGGCGCCCGUUGGAUGGGAGACCAGGGGAUGCAGGCGUGGAACAACUACUGGAACGUCCAGCAAGCUCCGGGGACACCCUCUCGGCGGUUAGUCCCGGGACCGGACUCCCAAACGCAGGCAUUUGGCGUUUUUCCACCAACACACGCUCAAGAUACCUCGGCAUCCUCCGCUGCGGAGCCUGACGCAGUCUCCAUCAUCGAUUUAAAGCGUCUUGAGGACGGCGCGGAACCGAAAAAUGCGUUUCUUCACCCCGUGGCGACAUUCCAGGUUCCCAAUGGCUGCAGCUUCCUCUCUCUCUCCCCGAAUGGCUUGAUGCUUUUCACGGCAAACAAGAAGGGCGAUGUCCAAUAUGUUUGGGACUUGAUGCAACUCAAACACUGUCGAGCCAUGGCUUUCAUGACCAACAGCCAGGCCGCCCAUAGCCCGAAUGUGCGCCAGGUGGCACGAUAUGCGCGGUUGACUACGUCGAGCAUUAUUGAUGUUAUUUGGACUGCCCCAGUUGGAGAUCGCUUGGCAGUUAUCACGCGCAAAGGUACUGUCCACGCUUUUGACCUACCUCGGAGUGCCUUCCAAUGGCCCCCUUUCCGUCGAGCACGACCGGCAGCGAGUAAGUCUCCGGCGACUGAUCCCGCGGGGGAUGAGUUGUCGGGACAGGGGAAUGCGGGAAACCCACUGUCUGCAGCUAUGAAGCUAGUGGGUGGCAAAACCCAGCCCUUUUUCUCUGCCGUUCGAGGUCGUGUUCCGUCAUCCGGUGCUGCAUUGCCCAAUAUGACUGGAUUCGCCUUGCCGUCUGCAGCUGGUAUGAAAGGUGGGAAGGUGGUCGCUGCGGGCCUCAGCAAGUCGAUGGGUGCGGCGACAGGCACUGUCAAUACUCUCCGACAUGUAGGAGAGAACCGUCUUCAUUUGUCGGGGCUCGCUAGGGAUCCUGCACCGUCUCGUGUGACAUGGGUUUGCAACAAAGGAACUAUCUACUUGGGUGUAGUCGAUGACGGAUAUUUCAAACUGUAUCGCCUCAAGCGGGCCGUGCCUACUAACAAGAACCGGCAAUCCCACUCCAUCAUCGGCGGCAAAGAGGUUCAGUUCCAAUUGCCCACCAACCUCCAAACUCCGUGUGGGCCAGCGCCCCUCACAGCUUAUGAUCCAGAGCUUGCCAUCCAUGUCGGUCUGGCCUUGCCAUCUGCCAGCUCACAGCCGCCGAACACCGGAAGAGCAUUUUGCCAGCCUCUCUCACAAGCUGAAAUCGAGACCAAUACCCCAUACCAGCCAUUCCACACGGACCAGCGAGUUGGGCUGUGUGUCUUUUCCGCUGGUAGUGAAGAAAGUGACUCGAUGGUGUCAGCACCUCGUGGUCAGUGGGUCUUUGGCGAUGAUCUCCCGACUACUACGGUGCAUGUGAGAUCCUUUAACAACAGUAGUGAUGACCAUGGAGAGGAUGAAGACGAGAACGCCGCCAUCCACGGACACUCCCUGGGAGCCGGAGGAGACAUUGAGAACCACAUCACUUUGGGGAACAGCACCGGCAACGUCGAGGAAGUGGUCAUCACCACGCGUCGGAAGAAGAAGCAUUCCACUCCGUUGAAGGUGGAUGACGGAUUCUUCGAAGACGAUUGCGAGGUCCUGGAUUUCGCACGAGACCGCGUCUGA